AUGCUUUCAUUGUCGCUCUGCUUGGCAACAGUUGUUGCCCUGACAACCGUCACAGCGCAGGCGCCCUCAGCCCUGGCUUACUCCUCUUCCCUCCCCAUCCAAGAGAUCCAAGGCAUCCCCGCUGUUAACCCCGUCAAGCAGCCCUGGAUCUGGCCUCUCCCCCAGAACUGGGAACGUGGCUCCAACACCGUCAAGGUCUCCAAGAGCAUCCGCUUCGAGGGCAAAGGAGCCCGCCAGCCAAUUGUCUCCAAGGCCAUCAAGCGUUACCAGGACCUCAUGUUCAAGAAGGAGGACUACCCCAUGAUCCCCUACAACUGGUCCACCACAGACAACAAGCCCUCCCGCUCGACUCUGAGCACCGUUGUCAUUGACAUCAAGUCCAAUGACGACCAUCUCGACUUGGAUACCGAUGAGAGCUAUACAUUGACGGUCCCUAUCAGUGGUAAGGCUGUCCUCCAGGCCGAAACUAUCUAUGGUGCCCUCCAUGGUCUUGAGACCCUUUCGCAGUUGGUUCAGUACUACCCUGAGCGCAAGUCCUACUAUGUCCCUAAUGCUCCCUGGAAGAUAUCGGAUUUCCCCAAGUACAAGCACCGUGGUAUUUUGCUCGAUACCGCCCGCCACUACUACCCCAUCGAGGUGAUCGAGAAGUUUAUCGACACCCUGUCAUGGAACAAGCUGAAUGUCUUCCACUGGCACAUGAUCGAUUCGACCUCGUUCCCUUACGUCUCCAAGAAGUACCCCGAGCUUGCUACCCAUGGUGCCUACACUUCCCGCCACGUCUACACCGCCAAGGACAUCAAGCACAUUGUACAGUUUGCCAAGGAGCGCGGUGUCCGCGUUAUUCCUGAGAUGGAAGCCCCCGGUCACUCCACCUCCUGGGGAUAUGGUAUCCCUGAGAUUGCUUCGUGCCCCAACGCCCAGCCCUACUUUGGGUACACGGUCCAACCCCCCGCAGGUCAGCUCAACAUUGCCCACCCCAAGACCAAAGAAGUCGUCCACGGCUUGAUUGACGAAUGGGCCGAGCUCUUCCCCGACUCGUUCUUCCACGCUGCCGGAGACGAAGUCGUCAUGAAGUGCUGGGAAAACGACACAUACAUCACCAACCACCUCCAAAACACCAACCAGACCCUCAUGCAGCUCUUUGAGAACUUCGUCCUCGACAUGGAAGAUCACGUCCGCCAGAAGAAAAAGACUGUCAUGGUCUGGCAGGAGAUGUUGCUCGAGUACCACUUCAACCUGCCCAAGGAUACCGUCAUCCAGGUCUGGGUUGGUUCUGAAGGUGUCAAGGAGGUCACCUCCAAGGGAUACAAGACCAUCGUCUCUGCUCAGGACUAUUGGUACCUCGAUCUCGGCUUCGGUCGCCCUCGCUCGAACCCUUACCCCGAGGUCCAGGGUGCAGGAUUCAAUCACUGGAACCGUGUCUACUCAUACGACAUGCGCGCCAACCUGACCAAGACAGAGGCUGAUUUGAUUCUCGGUGCCGAGGCCACCAUGUGGGGUGAGCUCGCAGAUCCCAACAAUGUCGAGGACCGUCUCUGGCCCCGUGCUGCUGCCUUUUCAGAGCGUCUUUGGUCCGGAUACGAGAACCCCAAGGGUGAGGAGUUGGUUAGUGCCGAUGCUAUCUUGCGUCUACUCCCAUGGCGCGAGCAGUUGGUUCUUCGCGGUGUCCGUGCCGGACCCUUGAACCAGGGUUUCUGUACUCGCAAUCCUCUCGACUGCUUCCAGCCUCCUAACCCUGCCGCGUAG